AUGGCCAUGCUCUCCGAGUUCCGAUACUUUCGCAGACUUCCGCGAGAGCUCCAGGAAAUGGUCUGGAAGCACUGGGAAGCUUCCAAGCCAGUCGUUCGACACUACUUCUUCGCUGACAAGUCUACUCGCUCCUACGUGGCCAUUGACCCUGCCCGCCGCGUCCCGACCAAGAGCCUGACCGCCCACAAGGGCCACAACGCCAUGCGCCUCGACCCGUCCACCAAGACCGUCUUUCACAAGAUCCGGUUCUCAGGCAAGGUGCGCACAACGGGGCUGGAGACGCCGCUCCACGAUAUGUGGGACUUGUCCAGCGGCAGCUGGGCCAAGGCAGCCAAGUAUCCGACCUGCGCCCACGUCAACUUUGACCGCGACGUCUUUGUCUUUCAAAACAUUGUGCCCAACAACAUGAGCCCCUUUCAGUUCCUAGCCGUGCCCAUCAGUCGUUAUAGCAUGUCCAUGGGCAAGGUGCACUUGGACUGGGUCCGACGUAUCCAGCACGUCGCCUACUACCCGCCACCCGACAAGCGGGGCUACUUUCUCAACUGGAGUGCCACCCCUGCCUUCGUCGAUGCGCUGAGGGCCAUGGAGAGCCUCAAGACCCUCUACAUUGUCAAGCGCCCGCAAAAGAAUGUCUGCAACCAUGGCGCGCUGUCGCGGUGGAAGAUUUCCCCGCACAGGCUCACCAAGGGACACCACCACGACGCCGGCUUCAUCAUGCUCCAGGACUUUGUCGCUGAGCACCGCCGCUUGGAUGCCCAGACCCGUCCAAAUCUGAUGUUGCCGCCGCCGCCAACAUCGACAACAGGCAAUCACAAGCCUUGCAAAUGCGAGGGCGUCAAUGCCGGCAGGGGCGCCGUCGAUGUCAGCCAGGCCAUCACGAGGAAGCUCGGCACAACGAGGGUGGCCCAGAUCAACAUCGUCGAUGUUGUUGAUCCCUUAUAUCCCGGUAUUUGA